AUGCCAGCCGCAAUCGUCUCGAACAGCACCACCUCUCUGGACGGCACCGCCCUCGCCGCAGCCUCGUCCUCCAAGUACCUCCCCACCACCGUCGACGAGACCCCUUCACCCUACCAAUUCGACCUUGGCCUCCUAACCUCAAUCAACCCGAACCCGCUCCCUUCCACGCCUCUCACCUCGGCCACCCUCACCUCCCGCACGAGGGACGGCAUCCAAUCUCUCAUCAACCGCAUCUUCACCCUCCCCAUCGUGCCCUCCCCCGACCAUGGCCCCCUAGCCACGCUCCCCGCGUUCACCACCCGCCUCCCCCGGGAGAAAUCCAUGCCCAAACCCAAACCCUUGACCAAGUGGGAAAAGUUCGCCAAGCAAAAGGGCAUCCAAUCGCGCAAGAAGGACAAACUCAUUUUCGACGAAGCCACCUCCACCUGGGUCCCCCGUUGGGGCUUCAAGGGUGCCAACAAGGAUGCUGAAGAACAAUGGAUUCACGAGCUCAAGAACAAUGGGCAGAACGACCUGGAUCCUGCUGCUACGGCGAAGAAGGAGCGCCUGGCCAAGGUCAAGAAGAACGAAAAGCAGAGGGCGGGCAACCUUGCGCGUGCGGCGAGCUCCAGUGCUGCUGCAGGGGUGGCCAAGGGUGGUUUGGGCGAUGCGAAUGCUGCUAAGCUGGCUAGGGCGGCUGCGAGGGAGAAGAGGAAGGCCGAAUUGGAGGCGGAUGUGUUGCGAUCCCGCGCAUCGACGGCGAGCCUGGGUAGGUUCGAUAAGACCCUGAAGGGCGAGACCAAGCAGAAGGGGUUGAAGAGGAAGUUCGAUCCUAAUGAGAAGGAUACCAGGGAGGAGAGACAGGGUAAUUUGGCGUUGUUGGAGAAGUUGGGCACGAGCAAGUUGAGGAAGGCGGCCAAGAGCGCGGAGGGCCAGGGCGAUAAGGAGCUGGUGAACACGAGGAAGGCGGUUCAGUUUGCCACUGGCGGGCAUGGCGUUACGAGCAUGAGGGAUGGCGGGCGGGGCGGAAGGGGCGGACGGGGUGGCAAGCGGGGUAGGAAGUAG